AUGGAGGAUGUGAAAGUGAUGGCCACAUAUUUUUGCAUCUGGGACCAAGAGGGAGACCAACAAGAAACGAUCAGGGACAACACAUCAGUCAUCAGCAGUGACAUUAAACUAUUCAUAUCAGAGCCUGCACCAGAUGAGAGAUUUUUUUUUGGAUCUUCUCCUGAGAAAAGUGUUCCUGUGGAUAGUGAAAGCUCAGCUUUGGUAAAGACCACCAGCAAAAAUGGCUUUGAAAUGGACCGAUCCAGGUUGGAAAACAAUGCAGGCCUUUAUGUCUCCAAUGGAGCCCAGAACAGUAAUAAGCAAGAACCAUCUUGGACUCAAGCACAGUAUAUUGCGACCGUGGACACUAUAGCGAGUUGCGACACGGUACCCGAUGACCUCAGUCAUCCUGUCGUAACUUCCAAACAGCAGGGCAUUCUAGCUCCUAUAGCUGUGCAUGAUAUGCAGAAGGAAAGAAGAAAAGCAUGUAGAGAAAAGUCCUAUGAGGCCAACAAGGUAAAAACAGAUCAAGGCACUCUGUGUGCUAAAUAUCUAUCCAAAGGAGAUUUCCAGAGGGCCUUGGCAUCUCCAGAACCUAAAGUUACAGAGGAUGAUUUAUCAUCAAUGCACGAACAGUUACAGAAACUUCUUUAUGUGGAAGAAGACUGGGCCCGUGACUUGCCUUGCACAAUCUCUGAGGCUGAGGAUCCAGCAGCUGUGACUGAUACUGCCAAGGAGGUCAGGGGAUGGAACAUAACUAGUGAUGGAAGGGGCGGGCAGCAUGUGCCAGGAAAUUCAGCAGAAGAUAAUCAGCUUGUCACAGAAUUGGCAUCAGCAAUGGAAGUCCACAGUGAUUCGAACAGCCUGCUAAAAACAGACGAAGUGUGUAACGGUACAUCCACGGGGCAGUGUUCUUUUGCACUUUCUGUAGAAACAGAUGCUAGGCGUCUGUGCUCUGCCUUGAGAUGUGAAACAGAAAAGUCAUCUGAUCAUCUUCUACAGAGUAAUCUGCAAAAGGAAAAAGAUCCAGAGAAUAAGUAUAAUGGAAUGCAGCUUGAUCAUAGAGGGUCUGUUCAGCCAUUAAGGUAUCGCGAAGGAAUGAUUAUAUCUAAUAAUGCAUUCCAGUCUUGUCAAGCAGAAUCUUCCUACAGAUUUGUGGAAGGCUCAGGCGGUCCUUUAAAACAAAACCAAGAGAUUUCAUCAGACCUACCUGUUUAUUAUCUUGGCCAGUUGCCUUCUGUUAAGCAGCACAUUCGUCGCAAAAAUAGCCCCAUAGUAAAGCAAUCUGGUGAGAUGCCUAUGAGAAAGUCUCAAGCCGCACUUCAUCAGUCAAGAAUAAACGAGGGUACUAAGCUUGCUGAGCUUUCACUGAAAGAGGAUUUGUUCAGUAAUUUCUCUGGCAAAAAUACAGAUCAAUUUACAAGUGAAGAACACUCUUCAGUUGCAACCGUCAGUAAAAGCACUGAAGAAAAAUUUCAGGAGAAAGGAACUGAAUCAGAAUGGAAUGAACCGAGCAACAGCAAUAGUAGCAUUUACCAUGCUUUGAAAAAUAAUGAUAGUAAAAAUGUUCAGAUUGUAGAUGAUGCACAGAAUUACAGUUACCACAUGCAAGAACCUAAUUCACAUAUAGCCACUGAUUCUAAAGUUUACCAGGAUGAGCCAGAAGUUAGUGGCCCAAAUAACAAAGCGAGGAAAGAGGAACCAGUAUUCACAGCAUCAUACAAGGUUAGAUUCUUCACUGAAGUUCUGUUACAGAUAAAGAAUGAUAAAAACAGUAUGAAAGAAGAACAUAGGGAGUCUGGAGAAAGUUCAGGACCAACUGCAGUAGAGUCCAAACAUGUCUUAAAGAUGCCAUCAUGUUCUCAAUCAAGAGCAUCAGAAAAUAAUUCUAGCACUGCUGGUCAUUUUUGCAGCAGUGAUAAAGGAUUGGAUUUUACGAGCUUUCCAUCUCAGCCUUAUGAAUUAGCUGCUUUAAAUGUGGUACAGCCUUCAAGUAUUCUUAAAAAUGAGUGUAGAACAGACCAGGACAGUCAGGGUGGUAAGAACACGGUAGACAAUGAAAAACAAAUGUACAAAAGUGGUAAUGCAAAUGUGCUUGGGAUAGUUGGAAGUCUGCUGCAAACUGAGCCCCUGGAAAAUAAAAUUAAAAAAGACAGGGGCACAGAGAUCUCUGAACUGUGGCAGGGCCAGCACCAGCGUGUCGAAGAAGGAAGCAGAACACAGGCAGUCCAGUAUGAGGGAGAAAGACAAAUGUCAGUUGUACAUGAUAUUGAGGAAGCUACAGUAGAACCCUAUAUGAGGGCUCUGAUUGAUAUAGAACAAGCCCCUUCUUGGCACGAUGGUAUUAAACUUCAACAGGAUGAGUACGAAAAGGUGGAACAAGAAAAAGAAACCCUGUGUAAAAGGGAUGCCAGAGAAACUGAAAAAUCCAUUGAGUGUCACCUAGAGGAGGCUGAAAUAGAGCCAUACAUGAGGGCACUGAUUAACUCAAAUCAGACGCAUUCUUGGCACGAUAGUCCACACUUUGUACAUUCAUCGACGGACUUCGCUGAUGAGGAAUUGGGUGUGGCUGCAAGAGGAUUAGUGGGAGAGUGUACAAUUACAUCUAGAAACCACAAUCGAGCUGCAGCAUUCAAGGAUGAUGAGAGGCAAAUCCUAAACUCACCAGAGUGUGCAAUGGGAACAUCAAGCAGCACCUCGUCUUCUGUUUCUGAGAACAGACGUCACUCUGAGGAACAGUUGGCACAGGUCAAAAUUCAGCAAGGCACUGUAGGAGCAGCAGCAGAAGAUCUAUGCAUAUUAAAAGCAGAGAAGACAAAGCCACAGGCUGCUUCCAAACUCCACAAGGCACCCUCCCCUCAUAGUAGUGCUGAAGAUGUGAAGCGCAAGCAGGAAAUGGUCAAGAAGAAGGUCAUGCCCAAGGGUCAAAUUAAGAGACAGCGCAUAGAAACAAAGGAAAAUGUUUUCAACAAUACCAGCUGUGUUAAAAAGAAUUCAAAGGCGGAGGCUGAUUUAAGUCAGAAGGAAGAUAAAAAAGAACCACGGAAACUGACUUGCAAGAAAGACAGCAAAGCCCCCCUAUUGCUGAAGAAAAUCGAAGCAGAACCAUUCCUUGAUUCUUCUGGAAAUAUCAAAUUGUGCUGCCAGUUUGGUGAAAUCUGCGAAGAAUCUGUCAUUACAUGGACUAAGGACUCGAAGCUACUUGCCCGAGUGCACAGAAGUGCAGGAGAUGACUUUCCAGUAUCAUUGGCAAUAGUUCAAGCUGGGGAAAAAGACCAAGGAAUGUAUCAGUGCUGUCUGAAGAAUAUGUAUGGAAAAGCAACUGCAGACUUUAACCUGACUGCUGAAGUGUUAGAGCAUCUUUCCAGUUUUCAAGAUGUUGAAGGCUUGGAAGAGAUUGAAUUCCUACAACUUAUGUUCAGAGACGAUUUCAUCUGUGACAGUUACUUGAGUAAGAGCCUCCAUGGGCGAAUUACAACAGAAGAGUUACAUUUUGGGGAGGGGGUGCACCGAAAAGCUUUCCGAAGCAAGGUCAUGCAAGGCUUAGUGCCUGUGUUCAGCCCUGGCCAUCCCUGUGUUCUUAAAGUGCACAAUGCCAUUGUCUAUGGGACCAAGAACAAAGAUGAACUCGUGAAAAAGAAUUACAAAUUAGCAUUGCAGGAAUGUUAUGUUCAAAACACAGCAAGAGAGUAUGCCAAGAUAUAUGCAGCUGAAACAAAACCCCUAGAAGGCUUUGGAGAGGUACCUGAAAUCAUUCCUAUUUUUCUUGUACAUCGACCCAAGAAUAAUAUUCCUUAUGCAACAGUGGAGGAAGAGUUAAUUGGAGAAUUUGUGAAAUAUUCUGUCAAGGACGGGAAAGAAAUAAACUUCAUGAGAAAAGACUCAGAAGCUGGCCAGAAGUGUUGUACAUUUCAGCAUUGGAUAUACGAAAGAACCAACGGCAGCUUGCUUGUAACAGAUAUGCAAGGUGUAGGAAUGAAACUAACUGACGUUGGCAUAGCAACACCAGCCAAAGGGUACAAAGGUUUCAAGGGUAAUUGCUCCAUCUCCUUUAUCGAUCAAUUCAUGGCUCUCCAUCAAUGCAACAAAUACUGUGAGAUGCUGGGACUGAAACCCCUUCAAAGCAGUAAUCAGAAACAGAGGAAACCAGCAGCCCCCAGAAUCAAGGCAUUGCCGAGCUCAAGUACUGUCAGGAAAACUGUGGCCAGCACUCCGAUUGCCAAGAAAACAUAGGGAAUUCGGCUUCCUUCCAAAAGAAAUAAACAUACUUGCAAAUAGGACCUCUCUUGAAAUGUAUGCUCUAACUUUUUGUAGAACUCAGAGCUCCAGCAAUAGUGCUCUAUCUGAGCAUUCAACCGCCGUGCAAAGAGCUGCACAAAGACAAUGGGGGAGUGGGAUAGCCUGAGACAGACAGAAAGCCCUUCCAGUUUUUAAAAGAUCUGCAGCGCCCCAAUACCAGUGUGUAUUGUACGAAUAGACUUGGGUUUUGUAAGGGGAGGGUUUGCACAGUCUUCGAUUGGGAGGUCUUGUUGGAGAAAUUGUGUUUACUAGAUUUCUUCCGUGUCAUUCAGCUGCUAUGUUUGUACAUGACUAUAUGUAGGAUGUUUUAACCCAUAUGAAGUGAAUAGGUAUGUCUCACACUGUAGUACAGCAAGAGUAUGGGCAAAUCCGCUUCACCUGCAUCUUUACUUAAAAGAUGCCAGCUGCUCUUUGUAGACCUUUCUGAAUGUUUGCUUCUCACAUUAGCACAAAAGAUGGCAGAUGCCAUGCGUAGACAAGGAAUUGACCUGUGGACCUUAAUUUCAUUUUAAACUUUCUUUGCCCUAGUAGUCAAUACUGAUGGCUAUGUCAAAUAUACAAUAUAGUAUUAAAUAAAACACAACAACAACAGUGUUAUUCAUCAGGUGACCUGUGGGCUGUAUUUAGAGAGCCCCCACCUUUCUUCGCCUCCCAAUAUCCUUAAUUCAAAAUCAGAAGUAACAGGCUGGCUGCUUUGAGUUUCAGAAAAACAGUUGUCCACAGGAAUCCAGGGGGUGGGAAAUGUGGUAGGAGCAAUUCCUGGACCCUCCUAAGAUGACCCUCCUUACCUAGGCCUUGCAGGAAGGGCUGAGCGUUGCUUGUUCCGGAUUGGCUGUAAAUAAGGUGUUCGUGCUGUGCAGGUACUAUAUGUGGUUGUUAAUGGUCUGGCACCAUUUUCUUUCAUAGCAUUUUGAAACAUUUUCACAUGUAAGAAUUGCUCUUGUAGUUACUCUAGCUAUGUAUCCUACAUCUCAGUCAUUUCCUGACUGUUUUUACGUCAGUACCGAUGAAUUAGAACAAUGGUUUUGUGAGCUUCCCCUGCUCCAUAGAAGAGGACGCUGGAAAUCUCAAAUCAAGAGGAUUUAUUGUAACAGGUGAAACCAUUUCAUCCAACUGUCCAAAAUCAGUUUCCUUAUCUGCUAGGGCAACUACUUUAAACUCCUUUUCUCUAGUAACCCCUAAUCUCUCCCCCCUUUACUUGAAUAAGAGGGUUUUCAAGG